AUGAACAAGACCUUAGGUGUAGAUCUGGAGGGAGAGUUUGAAUUGUCUCAGAAACAUCCAUGGGAUGAACACCACGCGACAACAACAGAGAAGGUUCCCCGUAUAGAGGAGGGUACAGUACUCCGUACUCCGUACGUACUGGCCUUGUCUGAUGUUCAGCCUCGAAUUCUCCACAAUUCCCCGGCAAAGGACGCGAAUCAGACAAAGCUGACGAGUGUUGACGCGGUGGCGAGCGCAGACUUUUUCUGGUGGGCUCAACCAGUCAGACUCGUCAACCAGUUGUCGAAUCUCUCCCCGGAAACCAGCUCGCGUGCUGAACGAAUACGACAUUUCGCCAAGGGCUGUCGCUACUACCAAGACUUUGGGAAGCGUCCUGAACCUGAUUUUCUUGCGUUCCACCGCCUCAGGGGCCGGAAGGAGAGAGCCGAGAACCUUGACAGCCAACGGGAGAUGGGUCAAGUGGAAAUUAGCCUGCCAGCCAAGACUUGA